AUGAUGAAUUAUCUUAGUUGGUGUGUUAAUGAAAUCGAGCCUUGUGAUGCCUUCGAAGGAAGACGUUUGGAUGGGUCCUGUAAUAAUCUGAAGCAACCUAGCCAAGGUGCGCCUCAUACGUUGCCGCAUAGAGUACUACCAGCGGUUUUUGAUGAAGGUAAUAAGCCUCGGAAGAGUAAAACUGGAGAAGAACUGCCUUUAAGUAGAAAAGUUCGGACCACAUUGCUGUCUGAAGGUCGAGUUCCUGAUCCAUACUUCACGCAUAUUUUUACUUACUUCGCUGUGUUUAUGUCCGCAGAUGUUCUUUCAUUUCAUGACACCAUUAACUAUCUAUUUUGGACCAAACACUGCUGUGAGGAGAAAGGCAAGACAGACCCGAAGUGUGCUGGCCAAGUAAUACCCGAUGAUGAUCCAGUACAUCGGUUUUCCGACGUGCGCUGUCUGAAUUUGACGCAACCCUACACCUUUCAAACAAUCGGCUGUGCUGACAAGAAUACCACUCCGGAAAGGGCAAGUUUC